ACAGAGCGAGGCUCCGGGCACACUAGGGACUCCAGGAGGCAGCUCCGCCAGAGACGCGGGUUGUGCUUAGGGAAACCGGGGGGUGGGGGGAGGGGAAGAGCGCAAAAAAGCAAACCCACCGAGGCGGGGACUGGCUUGGGCGGGGAGGGGCGGCGGCGCCGGAGCCCCUCUCUGUUGGGCGGACUCCCCAUGGCCAGAGGCUGAGCUCCACUCCCGCCGGCCGCUCCCUAGGGGAAGGGAAAGAAGAGGGAAAGAAGAGAGGAGAGCCGCGAGAGGCCUCCGCAUUCUCCAGAAGUUUGAGACUUGGCCGCGAGCGGACUUCUGCACCCCAACUCUUCACCGCGCCAGCGCCUAGAGAGGAGAGCAGGGGCGGCCCUGCGGCGGCACGCCGGCUUUGUCAUGAUGGCCAGCUACCCUGAGCCCGAGGAUGCCGCGGGGGCCCUGCUGGCCCCGGAGACCGGCCGCACAGUCAAGGAGCCGGAGGCGCCACCGCCAAGCCCGGGCAAGGGCGGCGGGGGCGGCGGUGGGACAGUCCCGGAGAAGCCCGACCCCGCGCAGAAGCCCCCGUACUCGUACGUGGCGCUCAUCGCCAUGGCAAUCCGCGAGAGCGCCGAGAAGAGGCUCACGCUGUCCGGCAUCUACCAGUACAUCAUCGCCAAGUUCCCGUUCUACGAGAAGAACAAGAAGGGAUGGCAAAAUAGCAUCCGCCACAACCUCAGCCUCAACGAGUGCUUCAUCAAGGUGCCGCGCGAGGGCGGCGGCGAGCGCAAGGGCAACUACUGGACGCUGGACCCGGCCUGCGAGGACAUGUUCGAGAAGGGCAACUACCGGCGUCGCCGCCGCAUGAAGCGGCCCUUCCGGCCGCCGCCAGCGCACUUCCAGCCCGGCAAGGGGCUCUUUGGGGCCGGAGGCGCAGCGGGCGGCUGCGGCGUGGCGGGCGCAGGGGCCGACGGCUACGGCUACCUGGCACCCCCCAAGUACCUGCAGUCCGGCUUCCUCAACAACUCAUGGCCGCUACCGCAGCCGCCUUCACCCAUGCCCUACGCCUCCUGCCAGAUGGCCGCGGCCGCAGCGGCUGCGGCAGCGGCGGCUGCGGCCGCGGGUCCAGGCAGCCCUGGUGCGGCUGCUGUGGUCAAGGGGCUGGCGGGCCCGGCCGCCUCGUACGGGCCGUACUCACGCGUACAGAGCAUGGCGCUGCCCCCCGGCGUAGUGAACUCAUACAACGGCCUAGGAGGCCCGCCGGCCGCGCCCCCGCCGCCUCCGCACCCCCAUCCGCAUCCGCACGCGCACCAUCUGCACGCAGCCGCUGCACCCCCGCCGGCCCCGCCGCACCACGGGGCCACCGCACCGCCCCCAGGCCAGCUCAGCCCCGCCAGCCCAGCCACCGCCGCGCCCCCGGCGCCCGCGCCCACCAGUGCGCCCGGCCUGCAGUUCGCCUGCGCCCGGCAGCCCGAGCUCGCCAUGAUGCAUUGCUCUUACUGGGACCACGACAGCAAGACCAGCGCGCUGCAUUCGCGCCUCGAUCUCUGAGAGCCCCCCGCAUGCCGGCGCGGACGGAUGAAAGGAUGCAGGAACGCGCGAUGCCGGCCCUGGUUGCAGCCAACGCCGCCAGCCGGACCUCGCGCCCGCUGGGGCCGCCUCUUGAGCCAACGCCGAUGGCCCCUCUGCGCUUCUUUGCUCCCCUCGGCUCCUCUCGCUCCUCUUUGUCCCCUCCGCUUCUCUUGUGCUCGCCUCCCUGACCUCUGUGCCCUUGCGUUCCCCCGGCCUGAAGCCGCCUCUCCGCGCUCUUUCUACAGGCUUCGUCUCUUCUCGGAGCCCCAGCGUCUGGGCUGGACACCCUAUGCCAAAAUUCCACGCGGAGAGAAAGCUCCUCGGGCCGAGGUGCAGCCGGGCAUCGGCGGCGCAGACCCCUCGGCCUUCUCCCACAGGUCGGUGCGCUCACGCUCGGCUUUCCCCGCCCGACUGCCGCGCAAUCCUCGGCUAAAAGCGCCGGGCUGGACCGGCAACCGGACCCGCGCCUCCCGAGAAAGGGAAGGACGAACAUGUCUGUUUGUUUUGCGAACCCUCCUGGAGCUGUUCAGAAGACGCUUGCCGUGGGGACCCUCAGGACAGGGCAGGGGUUGGGACCAAGCGGGGAGCCGGGGCAGCCUGGCUCUGCGGCCUGCGCUCGGGCGUACACCACAUCCCCGCACGGAGGAAGGCUGCGUUUCCUCCGCUCUCCAUCCCCGGGCUUCGGGCACUCCAGGCCGGGCGGCUGGCUAAUAUUUUGCUUAAAAGAUCGGUGGGGCUUU